AUGGAUGAUUCGAUACCUCAAAGCACUGUUCUUAAUCGAGCCAAUCAGGGUUCAGCCGCUCAAUUCGACUUACUCCCAAAUAGGCAGCCAAGACACAAGACUGAUCUUGACUUCCCGACCAUCGUCUCCUCGCCUGCAAUUGGUGAACAAGAAGCAAAAAGCAUGCCCCGCACUCUAUCCCCAAUUCUAAGCAACACCACUACAUCCCCUCCCCCAAAAAUCCACAGCCGCAACACCUCAAACCAAAACAACCAGGCCAUCACCACCAUCGCCCACACCCCCUCACCACCCACAGAAGAACCCCUCCAAUCCCACAUCACCCACCUCGGCCGCUCUCGCCCCCCCACCUUCCCCACCCGCCUCAGCGAAAUCUCCUUCAUCUUCAGCAUAACAAUGUCACAAUUCCUAACCGAAUACUUCGUAUCGGGCUUCACCGUCUUACUCCCUACACUCAUCUCCUCCCUCUCGAUCCCACCCGCCUCCAGCGUCUGGCCCGCCACAGCCUUCUCCCUCGCCAUCGCCAGCACCUUGCUCGUCUUCGGCCGACUCGGCGACAUCUGCGGCCCCUACCCCGUCUUCAUCUACGGCCUGCUCUGGCAUCUCAUCUGGUGCGUCGUUGCGGGAUUCAGUGUCACGCCGCUAAUGCUGGAUUUCUGCCGCGCGUGCCAGGGGUUGGGCGCGGCGGCGUUUUUGCCCACGGCCGUCGCGCUGAUGGGGUCGGUGUAUAGGCCUGGGCCGAGGAAGAAUCUGGUUUUUGCGAUCUAUGGGACUUCGGCGGUAUUUGGGUUCUUUGGCGGGAUUUUUGUCGCCGGGGUUGUCGGGCAGUUUUUGCGCUGGGGCUGGUAUUUCUGGAUUGGCGGCAUUCUUACUGCUGUCACGCUUGUAUGUUCGGUCUUUUCGAUCCCGCAUCAGCCGUCGCAGCAGGGAAAUGGGAAUGGGACUGGGACGAGGAUGGACUAUCCCGGUGCUGUGAGCAUCGUUGUCGCCCUGACUCUCACCGUUUUUGCCAUUACGGAAUCUGCGCAUGCCCCGCGCGGCUGGUCGACGCCGUAUAUUCCCCUCACCUUCUCACUCGGUCUCCUCUCUCUCCUCGCCUUCAUAUAUAUCGAGUACCGCUCCCCCAAUCCUCUCCUACCAGCCUCAAUUUUCACCACUCAUCAAUCCAUGACGCCUCUCCUCAUUGCCUUGUUCCUCCUGUAUGGCACAUGGGGCAUCUUCUCCGUCUACGGCACGCUCUAUUUCCAGAACUUUCUCGGCGCUUCCCCUCUCCAAGUAGUCGCUUGGUACACGCCCCUCGGUGUAGCAGGCCUGCUCCUCAGCAUCCUCGAAGGGUUGAUCUUGCACCUCGUGCCAGGACGGGUGCUCCUCGUGAUUUCUGGCGCGGGGGCGCUGGGCGCGCAACUCCUACUCGCUCUGCUUCCUCCCCACGGAAACCACACUUAUUGGAAGUUCAUUUUCCCGGCGACAAUUCUGAGUACGAUCGGUAUUGAUCUAUCUACGAUCUUGAUGACGGUGUUCAUCACGACGACGUUUCCUGCCAAGCAGCAGGGCUUGGCGGGCGGAGUCAUCAACUCGGUGCUGCAAUUGGGCGUCGCGGUUGUUUUGGGACUCGCGGACAUCGUCCAGUCGGCAACUGUUGAGGAAGUCGGGCUGGGGAGAAGUUAUAAGAAUACGUUCUGGUUUGGCGUUGGCGCGGGAGCGGCCGCUUUGCUGCUUCUGGGCAUUUGGGGAAGGGUGCCGAAGGCGACGAGUGAGUUGACUGCUGAGGAGAGAGAGGAGCUGAUGAGAGAGGCAGAGACGGAAGCGGGGCGGUAUGAUAGAAGGUCGGACGAGGACGCCGGCCUGUAA